AUGAAUCUCGUCGAACUCAUUCCCCUCUCAGAUCCAACACACACGAUCAAGCGGCCGCACACUUGUCUCGUUGGCUUUGGGGACGUGAUCGUCCUCGGUGUUGGGAUUUACGCGAUAAUCGAGGUCAUUUUCAGUGACUAUAGUCUUGGAGAUGCGCCGGUGGGGUAUCCCGUUCCCUGGAGAAGUAAACAGGAUCUCGCGUUUGAUCUGAUGAUUGGUCUGGUGUAA